CCAACAUCCACACAUAAAACGCUUUCCAUGUUUAUUUUAGUCUUUGUUAACUAAAUUGAGCUGCAACCAAGAAAGAAGAAUAUGAAGAUCUUCAGUUGGGUUCAUCGUCGGUUUCAAAAAAAAAGUGUGGCAGAUGAAGAUGCCAAGAAGGCUGAAAAUGACAAGUUAUCAUUGCUUGAGAAUGAAGCGUUAGCAGGGGUUUGUGAUGGCUGGAAAGAAGGUAUACUCGCCAUUGGUACGUUGGGGAUUGAUCUUUCCAAAACUUUCCAGGUGAAAGAUGUUGCGUACACCGACAAUCAGUUGUUGUUUGGCCAUGAUGAAGAUGAGGAGGACCAGGAAGGAGAAAUGGAAUGGCCAUUGGUGCUAAAAGCUUGUAAACAUGGGUUUCAUCAUGUUCAGAAACAAGAUCCGUCACCAUGUGAUAAGGUUGCUAAACCUAAUAAUGGUAAAGAAGAAGUUGAUGCUAAAGAUCCUACGAAUUUGAACACUGAAUGCACCGAGAAGAAGAUUAUGAAUAGUGGAGAGCGAACAACUCUUGCGGAUUUGCUUUGGGGUGAUUCGGAGAAGAACUUGUUGAAGGAGAGGUUAUGUGAUCCUUUCAAUGUCCCCUACCAUGUAAGCACAGGUACCGAAUCCAUCAAGAGUACCCUGAUCUCAAAAAAGAAGAAGAUCGAGAAAGAUGAUUCCACUCACCCGAUCAAGAAAACAAAACGACUGAUGAGAAAGAUGCUGAAGAAGAAAAUCUACCCAGAUAUCGCGAGUCAAAAGAAGGAGACUGAAGGGAUCAUCUAUCAGGAUAUACAUGUGCAUGCUACUUGAUGAAUCCAUCCCAGUCUUCGAAAUUAUGAUGCAGUUUUUCUACAUCGAGGAGUGUGUUUGUACGUAUUAACCAUCCCUGCUGCAUGCCAAUUAUUUCCCCUUCCUUUAAUUUGUUAAUUGUUAUUUGUAUUAUUUUAUGAUCGAACUAUAUAUGUAAGGUGGUGUUGCUCAUAUUAUUAAGUUUGUGAUUCGGAUUAAUUGAACGAAUGUUUGGCUUUUGUUGGUGUUUAUCCAAUAAAAU